AGUGGAAGCCCAAGAAAUGAAAGAACCUCCGCGUUUCUUCUUCUUCUCUGAAUCGGCGGAGGAAUUUGGUGAGAGAGAAAUUGAAAUGGGGAAAUCCUUCACUCUGAUUCAGACUGUUGCGACUGCCGGAGCCUUCUCUGCGAUUUCAUUCUGGUAUGGUUUCAUGUUUGGAAGAGAGUCAGCUCGUAAAGACUUGGGAGAUUUAAUUCAAGAUCUACGACGAGGAAUUUCAAAACCCGAUUCUUCUUCUGAAACUCCUCAUUCUUGAUUUGCUACUUUAUGUCUUUCACCUUAUGGAACAAGAAGAUCUGUAGUUUUUGAAUUGAUGCGUUUUGUGAAGUAUCGAUUAACCUAGAUAUUUGGAACCAUAUCGAUUUUGUAUUUUGUACAAAGCUCAAGGCGUUUUGUGGGUCUCUCUUCAAUCCUUCCAUUUCUUUUUUGUUAUUCUCAUCAAAUUUGCAAAUUUUAUUCUAAAUUUUCUCUUCA